GAACGCAUUGCUAGAUGUCACUGAUUCGUGUUUAUCAUUGGGUGACCCGCGAGACGUGGCGAUACAAAGUUCAAAAUGAUAAACCCUGGAAUAAACUUGGAUGGAAACUGCUAGUUAUCACGUAGCCCUACCCGGAAAUGGACUUGAUUUUCCCCCAACUGAAAAAUGAUCGAAUUUUGCGAGCAGCUCGUGGAGAGGAAACAGACAAAGUACCAGUCUGGGUCAUGAGACAAGCCGGGCGAUAUUUACCAGAGUUUCGUGCUACAAGGGUGAACCAUGAUUUUUUCUCAAUGUGCCGAACACCAGAAGUUGCAUGUGAAAUAACUCUGCAACCUAUCAGAAGGUUCCCUCUAGAUGCAGCUAUAAUCUUCUCAGAUAUUCUAGUGGUUCCCCAGGCAUUAGGCAUGGAAGUUCUUAUGAAAGCAGGUGAAGGGCCGGUUUUUACAUCACCGCUUGUUACACCAGAAGAUCUAAACAUGUUGGAAACCCCAAUAAACGUAGAUGACAAAUUAGGCUACGUUUUUAAAGCCAUAAAUCUAACUCGCCACAAGUUAGAAGGAAAAGUACCUUUAAUUGGAUUUGCAGGUGCACCUUGGACCCUUAUGAGCUACAUGAUUGAAGGUGGGGGUUCAAAAACCAUGUCAAAGUCCAAAGCCUGGCUCUAUCGCUAUCCCGCGGAAUCUCACAAAUUACUUCAAAUUUUAACUGAUGUUAUAGUUGAUUUUUUGGUUGGGCAAGUUAAAGCCGGCGCACAGAUGCUGCAGGUGUUUGAAUCUCACGCCGAGUACUUGAGUCCCGAUCUUUUUACUCAGUUUGCACUUCCCUACAUCAAGCAGAUCCAGGAACGCGUACGAGCAAAAGUAGACGUGCCCAUGUGCAUUUUUCCGAAAGGAGGGCAUUUCUCUCUUGAGCAGCUCAGUUCUACUGGCUAUGAUAUUAUAGGGCUUGAUUGGACGAUAAAGCCCGAAGAAGGUCGACAAAGGGUUGGACCUAACAUUACUGUACAAGGAAAUAUGGACCCUUGUGCCCUUUAUGGAACAAAGGAAAGCAUUGAAGUUAUUGCCAAAAAUAUGGUUCAUCGAUUUGGUAGCCAACGUUACAUAGCGAAUCUUGGGCAUGGCAUAUACCCCGACGUGGAUCCAGAACAUCUUGCUGCAUUUAUAGAUGGUGUUCAUGACGCCUGAAAAUGAAAUUUAUUUUAAUUGGAACGGAGUCUCAUUUUGAUGCUGUCAUAUAGUCGAUUGCGUAAUUGGGGCGCUAGCAUUUUAAAGGGUUUUUUUUAGUUAUUUUCUUACCUCUAAUAAACUUUUUAACCUAGCAA